ACAGGUCACAUGAAAGUCACGUGACUAAAAGUGUCAACAUGGCGGGGUCUGCGAUUUCAAGUAUUUUUCGCCGCGGUCUCUUUAACAACAAAGUCGCCAUAGUAACUGGCGGUGGAACAGGCAUUGGCAAAACAAUAACAAAAGAGCUGCUUUUCCUAGGAUGCAAAGUUGUGAUAGCUUCUAGACGUGUGGAAAAUCUGCAAUCAGCUACCGAGGAGCUAAAACGUAUUAUUGACCCCUCAUCCACAGCUGAUGUCAGCUUUGUUCAGUGUAAUAUUCGAAAGGAAGAGGAGGUAAAACAUCUGAUAAGUACAACACUGGAGCAAUAUGGAAAGCUAGAUUUCCUUGUGAAUAAUGGUGGGGGCCAGUUUUACUCUCCAGCAGAGAAGAUAACUCUUAAAGGAUGGAAUGCAGUGAUAGAAACAAACUUGACUGGAACGUUUCUCAUGUGCAGAGAAGCCUAUAUACAAUGGAUGGAAAAUCAUGGUGGUGUUAUUGUCACCAUUAUUACCGACAUGUGGAAGGGAUGGCCCUCUAUGAGUCAUUCAGGAGCAGCCAGAGCUGGGGUAGACAACCUUACCAAGUCCUUGGCAAUAGAAUGGGCUCACACUGGCGUGCGUGUCAACUGUGUUGCACCGGGUAGUUCAAUUUACUCAGACACAGCAGCAGCUAACUAUGGAUCCAGAGAUUUUUUCGGUAAAAAUCUUCACAUUGUUCCAGCAAAACGAUUUGGGACAACUGAAGAGGUGUCUGCCGCAGUUUGUUUUCUUCUAUCACCUGCAGCAGCAUUUAUAACUGGAGAGACGAUAAAAGUUGAUGCAGGAGCCAGCUUGUAUGGGACUUCUUGGGAGAUACCAGAGCACAGCAAGAGCAAACCAUACACAUGGAAGGAUGACCUACAAGAAGAAUCAAAACCAAGCACAACUGAAUGUGCUAAGUCUAAGCUUUGAACUUUCUAUGUGCGGAAAUUUCAGAAGAGUAUUUUCCCAGUCACUAAUCAGUGUGCUACAUGAUGUAUUUAUUCUAGACGUCUGUUACUGACACGCUAAUGCUACCAUGGUGAGAUCUGGGAACCAACGACUUUUUUCUCCAAAUCUUUCUGCCCCGGAGCAUGCCCUGCAUAAUUGCCACGUUUCACUUCAUUUGGGUAAAGAAUGUCAUCAUUGAGUGAGGUCUGCGACUGGUGAAUCUUAGUUCACUGCCUGACGGCAGUACCGAAAAGAAGUGUGUAACCUGUUUCCGGUGCCGAUUGUCAUUGUCCAUUGUCAGUACAAUAUUGUAUGACUUCAAGUGAGAGAGCGAGUGUGUGUGUGUGUGCUUUCAUGCUUGCUCGCCCCAAAAUGGGAUGAAAACCAGCGGGGAAUAGUUUUACGUUCACCCCGUCUUCCCAGGCCUUAGUCCUGUAAUCUGAAAUUUUGGGGACAGCUUUUCCUUUGCUUUUGGAUGGAGAGCACUUGAGCAGUCGUUUGAAACUUGACUUUUUCUUUGAAAGAAAAUUUUCACAGGUCCCGUACUUUUGAAGGAGUCAGUGAGUGCGUGUUGCCUCUUGGUUACUUAUACUUUCGUGUCGAGAAUUCCUGUGCCGUGAUGGUGAAUAGAACAUGGCCCCAUUUCUUUGUACGCUGGAUGCCUAGUCAGUACGUUUCCAAUGUUGCGUAUCUAGCAUUGCAUACCCAUCCAUCCUUCCAGCCUUUUGACUUCAGCUGACAGUUUUGUUCAUUUGUUACAAAUCCAGCAAAAGCUUUAAAAUUGCUUGAGGUCCUGUGCAUGAAAACGACUUAAGUGUUUUAGCGCAUACUCGGAAAGGAGAACGGAAGAGAGGAGGGAUGAGCAUGUUCUUGUGUAUGUCUGUUUAUACUAUUAUAUAUAUUUAUUAUACAUCACAUAAUUUCGACCAAUGAUCAUUUGAUCUAUUAAUAAAAGGAAGGAAUUUUUUUCUUAAGAAGCUCAACCACGUCUUCUUAUUACUAUAAAUCUUUAUUACUGGAAAAAUAUUCGUUGGCACAAAUUUAUCUCGAUCACAAGAGGACCAGAUUUAUUUGUAGUUAUUUUAAUCAUUGUGUUGACACGUUGUAUUUAGAAUGAUUUUGGAAGAGUACAUUGAUGAUGACGCACAUGACUAUUUAUGGAACAUUAUUAUUAAAGUUUCAUUAGCAAAAGA